CUUGUGUCGGCAGCACCACCUGGCCCUGGCGGCGGUCUCGGACAUGGUCAAGGCGGCUGUCGCCGUGGAGCUGCUCGGCGCGGGCCUCCUGCUCGUCGCGACUGCCGCCUCCUGCAAGCCACCCUCCUGCAACCCUUCCGGACGACGGCUCGCCCGGCCGUCCGCCACCCCGUCGCUCGGCAUGUCGGCCACUGUAAAAUCGCCCAGCGCGUCGGCACAGACAGACACGCCGAUCUCCGCCGCAUCCCUCUACGCCAUCUUCUACCUGCCCAACGGAUCCAACUGGUCCUUCCCACUGUCGCAGGGUGACGCGCUACACAGCCACCCGGACUUCGACGCGGACAAGAACGCCACCGUCUUCUUCGUUCCAGGGUACACCGUGAAGCCGACCGCCGAGGGUGUGCGCCUUGCCAUAAAGGCGUUUACGACCAAACACGAGUCCUUCAACUUUCUCUUGCUGGACUGGACGCUCUACAGCGGUAGACCCUACGUCGCGGCGGCGAUGAACAUGGGGCAGCGCUCUGGCGUGCGGGCGGCCGUGCUGACCGUCGCUCACCGUGGCGCCUUACGGCCCCCGUUCGAUUAUGCAAACCCACCCACCCGCACGCCCGCAUGCGGUGGCGGAGCUGCUCGCGGCCUGGCUGGAGAGGCUGCGCGCGGGCGGGCUGGCCGCGGCCCGCAUGUGGCUGGUGGGGCAGUCCCUCGGCGCGCACCUCGCCGGCAAGGCGGCCGCCGCCAUGGCUGUCCGCCCGGCGCGCGUCACUGGCCUGGACCCCGCGCGCCCGCUCUUCUGGUUCGGGUCGCCGCUGACGCGCCUGGACCGCCGGCAGGCGACCUUCGUCGACGUCAUCCACACGGACGGCAGUUGGCGGGGCAUCGGCGUCCGCGCCAACAUCGGGCACCAAGACUUCUGGCCCAACUACGGCGCCGAGCGCCAGCCCGGCUGCCAUUCGGGCUGGUGAGAGUGCGUGCCGAAGCCCUGCUAUGGCGAGUCGCGUCCGCAGGCUGCAGCCACCGGCGCGCGCUCUGGUACUUCGCGGAGAGCGUCCUGAACAGGACCGCCUUCCCCGCCGUGCUCUGCCCGCGGGGGGCGGCCUUCCUCGCGGGGCUCUGCCCGCCCGCCAACUCCACCACGGUCUACAUGGGCCUGGCGGCGUCGCCCAGGUCGGGUCCGGAAGGCAGCUACAUGCUGAGGACGGCGGGGGCCUCGCCCUUUGGGCUCGGGUUGGAUGGACUCGUGCCGGUCGCAAACGACGUCGUUGACAACGACCCCAUCCCCGACAAGGACCCCGUCGCCGACGACCCCGCGGCCAAGGGGGAUCCCCUGUGGGAGUGGGCCGUGGAGUACCCGGACGAUUAG